UUUGAGCGACCAGAUGCAUGUCGAAGUCACUCGGAUGUCCACGCUGUGCAGCUGAAAUAUUCAAACAUUUGUGGUAGUAUCAAGCAUUUCUGUGUUUUUUAUCCGUAAAGUAUACUUUAUUUUAACUAUGGAGAAAGGCAAACGCCCCGGUGCAUCUUCUAAGAAGAAAAACCCGUCAAAGAAAAACGACACCAGUGAUCCUGUAAAAAAUUUCGAGCUAUGGAAGAAAAAAUACAACAAAACGAAAACACGAGUCAAACAGGAGAAGAAACAGAAAAGGAAGCCGGAAUGGCAGGUGGAAAGAGACAAUAUCCAGAGACUAGUGAAGAAAUAUAAUGAGAUAAAUGCCAAAGAUGCGAUUAAGUUUUCAGACUUCCCUAUCUCCAAGAACACACUCAGAGGUCUGAUGGAAGCUCAGUACCGACAGCCCACAGAAAUCCAGCGGCAGACCAUCGGUUUUGCCCUGCAAGGAAAAGAUGUCCUGGGUGCUGCAAAAACGGGUUCUGGGAAGACUUUGGCGUUCAUCAUUCCAGUGCUGGAGUGUUUGUAUCGUCACCAGUGGACGGCCGUGGACGGGCUGGGGGCUCUGAUCAUCUCCCCCACCAGAGAGCUGGCCUACCAGACGUUUGAGGUGCUCCGCAAGGUGGGGAAGAACCACGAGUUCUCUGCCGGGCUCGUCAUCGGUGGAAAGGACCUGAAGCAGGAGUCGGAGAGGAUCCAUCGCACCAACAUCAUCAUCUGUACUCCUGGACGUCUGCUGCAGCACAUGGAUGAGACGGCCGCUUUCCACUCCUCUGACCUCCACAUGCUAGUCCUCGACGAGGCAGAUCGUAUCCUGGACAUGGGCUUUGCUGACUCCAUAAACGCCAUCGUGGAGAACCUCCCCAGGACCCGACAGACUCUGCUGUUCUCCGCCACACAGACCACGUCCGUCAGAGAGCUGGCCCGGCUCAGCCUCCGGGACCCCCAGUACGUCUGGGUCCACGAGAAGGCCAAGUUCAGCACUCCGGCCACUCUGGAGCAGAACUACGUGGUGUGUCAGUUGCACCAGAAGGUCAACGUGCUGUUCUCCUUCAUCAGGAGCCACCUGCAGAAGAAGAUCAUCAUCUUCUUCUCCUGCUGUAAAGAGGUCCAGUACCUGUUCCGGGUGUUCUGCCGGCUGCGUCCUGGCCUGCCCAUCCUGGCCCUGCAUGGGAAACAGCAGCAGAUGAAGAGGGUGGAGGUCUACAACGACUUCAUCAGGAAGAAGAACGCCGUCCUGUUCGCCACCGACAUCGCCGCCAGGGGCCUGGACUUCCCUGCGGUAAACUGGGUCCUUCAGUACGACUGUCCCGAAGACGCCAACACCUACAUCCACAGAGUAGGCCGGACGGCCAGGUACAAGGAGGGAGGAGAGGCUCUGCUGAUGUUGCUGCCCUCGGAAGAGAAGGCCAUGCUGGCCCAGCUGCAGGAGAAAAAGGUUCCCAUCAACAAAAUACAGGUGAACCCGGAGAAGCUUCAGAACGUGCAGCAGAAGCUGGAGGCUUUCCUCGCCCAGGAGAAAGAGCAGAAGGAGAGAGCUCAAAGGUGUUUUGUCUCCUACCUUCGCUCCGUCUACCUCAUGAAGAACAAGGAGGUGUUUGAUGUGUUCCAGCUCCCACUCCAGGAGUACGCCGUGUCCCUGGGUCUGGCCAUGGCCCCCAGGGUUCGCUUCCUCACCACAGCCCAGAAACAGAGGCGCACCAGGCAGGCUGGGGUGGAGGAGGAGGAGGGAGAGGAGGAGGACCUGAAGAGCUUCAGGGCCAAGCUCUUAGGAGAUGGUCCUAGUGUUCCAGACUGCAGAACCUCAGACAGUGAGGAGGAGGAGGAGGAAGAGGAGGAGGAUGAUGAUGAAGAGGAGAAAAGACCUAAGGGGCUCUUUGGUGCCGAGGAAGAUGAAGAUUUGAGAGACUUGGACCUGCUGAUGGUGAAGAGGAAAGAUGUCUUCAGUUUGGAGGAGGAAGACCAGAGUGAUGAGGAGACUGACACCAAACUCAACACGAAAACAGAGGAGACGACCAAAUUCAAAGAUGCCAAGAAGGCCUUGAAGAGAAACUUCCAGCUCAACACCAAAACCAUCUUCACGGACGAUGGACAGGUGGUGCAGCAGUGGCCUCCCCUCCAGAGGACGGCAGUGCCGGUGGAGGGCGAUGAGGAGCAGUCUGGGAUCGACGUGGAGAAGGCCAGGGAGAGGCUGCGUCUGGAGGACCAGGCCUUCGACAAGCAGGAGUACAGCCGCAAGGUCAAGGAGAAGAAGCGGGAGAAGAAGAUGAAGGAGAAAGCUGCCAGGAGAGAAGCCAUGAAGAAGAGUGCCGAGAAGUCUGGGGAGGAUGAUGAUGAUGAUGAGGAGGAUGAGGAGGAGGUGGUGGCGUAUCUGUCUGGUGGAGAGGAGUUUGACCCCAGUACGCUGCCUGACCCGGACAAGGUUCCCUCUGAUUCUGAAGAGGAACAACAAAGCAGCCUUGCUGCCGCCACCCGGAAACGCCACCACAGCGACUCCAGCGCAGAGGAAGAGGAGGAGCCGCCGACAGGAAGCAGGAAGAGAGCCAAGGAUCAGGGCAGCCAAUCAGCUGGCCAGCCUCUGGACACUGGUCUCUCAUUGGCUGAGGACGAGGAGCUGGUCUUACAUCUCCUGGGCAACCGGAGCUAGGAGACAGUUAAUACCAACUUCAGUUUGUUUUUAGUGUUUUCCCCCAAAGUCAUGUCGUCUUGUGUUGAUCCAAGAUGUUUCAUCCCCCGUGAAGAGAACCCUAUCAUAUUUCAAAUAAACUGUUAUUAUCAUAGUUACAAGUGAGUGGGUUUUACUAUGAUUGUCUCAAAGUAAACAAGUAUUCUUCAUGCUGAAAGUGUUGCUGCAGUGGCCGUGUCAUCAGUGUGCACCCCACGGUUCCUUGAAUUAGUCUCAAAGUUGUUAAUAGUUUGCAACCACGGUUGUUGUGCUGGUUCUGGGCUCUGCUAGUAACGACCCUUUUGUUUGAAGACUGGAAGGCACAUUUCUUCACCAUCUAUUAGCAUUGGCUCUAUUCCACACCUUGUUCCAAGUCACAUGUAUAACAGUUACUGUUAUACAACAGCUCGGAAAACACAUCUCUCCUUGGAGUAAUCCAACCUCCUCUCUUUGUCUGCAGGUUCUGUACUUCUACAAAGCCCUCAACUCAUUUGAAGCUGUUUCAUUUCAGAGAUUGUAAAUACCUUCUGGCGAGCUCUAGACAGGAAGUGACAUCUUGAUUCUCUACCCCCCUGCUGUGUCUGCAGAAGGGGGGGGGGUCUCUGUGCGCCUCACGGGAGAGACCAGAGAGACACUGGCAGAAUGAACAUCUCUUCUUUUCUCUGCUCCCAGAAUCUGUCUUCUGUCAGGGUUUUUUUUAUGUGGUUUAUUUCUGCUUGCAGACUCGGGCAUUUUCUCUCUUUUCCUUACACUCUGUUUCUCUCUUUCCCUCUCUCCCUCCCUCUUCCUUGCUCUCUUUCUUCCUCUCUCUUCCUUGUCCAUCACAUUGUUUCCCUACCAGCACUGCUUCCUCACCUCUCUCACUUGCCCUCUCUGUUUGAUGACAUUUCUGUCUUUGUCAGAGCCUCCCCUCUGGCUGCAGGCCAGUCCAGCCUCGGACCGACUCAAACAACUUUCUCUUCUGAUGGUUAAAAAAGAGAAACUGCAUCCUUGAUGCCAGGAACGUCAAUGUAAUACUCCCAGGCACCAUCUGGAUACAACUACAUCUCCUUCCUGUGUGUGUGUCUGUGUGCGUGUUUGUGUGUGCUACACUUCAUUCUAUUUGUUGUAGCUUGCCAUUUUCAAAUCUGGCUGUCAUUUCACUCAAACUAGAAGAGUGCUCCAUUUCCUAAACGAUGUGGAUCAACAAACACAAACUAAACAAGGAGACUUCCACCUCAGAAAGAUGUAUUUCAUGUUGUCAUCUCUCUCUCUUCCUUUCCCUCCCUCAAGGGACAAGGGCCCCAGUUGGUGACAGGAUGUAUCCAGAAGUUCCAUUAGGCUUAUUGGCAUCUGUGUUGCUCUCCUCUGUGUACCUCCCGGGGAGGAAGGGGGUUUGAAGUCGUCUGAGGUCUGGCUGGCGGAAGGCCGGGGCUGGCAGGAGGCCGGGGCUGGCUGGAGGCCAGAGGAACAACAGCCUCCAGCCCUCCUGAUCCUCGGACACUUCAUGUUGUGAGAUUACAUGGGCGGAGGCCGUGCUUGUGAUGGGCGUAACUUAAUUGAAGGGAGCUGGGAUGCCAGCAGGGUGGCAGGGAAAGCUGCUCUCCAUUAUCCUGUCUCCCUGAAUCCCAACUCACUUAAGAAAAUGUAACUUGGAAGUGUUUUACCAUCUUCUCUGGAGUACUUUGUAUUUGUAUCAUAUUUAUUUUUCUCCUGGUUUAUUUGCAACGACAUCAAAUUGGAACCUGGAAAAGGUAAAUGAUCCUGACUACAUUUGCGAUCUGUUAUUGUCAUGGGACUGAAGGGACCCAAAAGCUAUUUGUAAGCUAUUUUAAUCCUAAACUAACCUAGAAACAAACCCUAAAUCACUACAUUACCUUCCUCGUUCUCUCUUUCUCUCCUCCCUACAGCACAUCUACAGUCUGUGGCGUGGCUGUUCAGCAGACAGCAUCAGUGCCCUCAUCCACACAGCCAUUUUACAGUAAUGCACUCUCUAAAUAGAAGGUGCGGAAGCACUAUUGUUGCCCUGCUGACGAAAAUUGACUUUUUGUCAUUGUAAUCGUAUCAUUUCAGCCGCAGGGCCAUUCAGAGAUGUAUGGAAAUGUCUAGUCGUGCGAUGUGAAGAACGAUUCUGGCACCCUUUGGAAAAUAGCAAACAAAAUAUUAAAACAUAAUAAUAAUGACUACAUUUUCACCCAACCUCAUUUCAGUGAAGUUCUCUCCAGAUAGCUGUUAUGGAAGACUGUAAUAUGUGGUUGGGAUGCUUUGCAUAAUGAUUUUGAGUUGUGUCCUCUUGGUGGCCUGUGCUAAAGCACAGAGCUCCGCCUCCGAGCCAGAAGACAAACUUGGAAAGGACUCCUUCGUCCUCCUGGUCUGGCGGGAGGGAUUCUGGGAAACGCUGGAUUACAGAGUGUCCUCUGUCUGUCCUCCAACUAAAUCUACAUAAUUAUAGACAGAGGAGAGAGAAAGGAGAGGAGGAGAGAGGGGAGUAGAAAGCACUAUCUUUAACGAUGACCUUAUCAAAGUUCCCAAACAGACAUAGUCUCCCUUCUCAGGCUGUGCUGAAUGUGGCUGAUGAGGGUUGUUUAUGCGUGAAGGACCUGGCUGGGUGAGAGAUUAAGCUACUUCCUUUGUUCUGUGGAUUUGUAGAUGACCUCCAGUCAUCUAUCAGGCGUAGCUGUUUGUUCACAAAGCACCUUGGACAGGUCAGGGAGACUGGAGGAGUUUCAGAUGUGAAGUCACAAACAUGAACAACCUCAGGAAUGUUUGGAAAUGUUUCUGUAUUUCCCCUGGUCUCCUGUGGGUGCAGCGUCGCUGCGGCGGUGGCAGAUCUGCCAGCUUCAUCAUCCUCCUAACGUUCUCUUCACCAGGGCCAGUCCGUCUUCCAGAAGGUUCUCUCAGCGUGAUGAUGGCGUUCUGAUGGCGUCUCAUUGUAAGAACAGGGGAAAGCUUUCGCAGUGUGUAUACGUCAUUGCAAUUCAGGAGAAUUCUCCUCGGUCCUGUCUCUCUCUAGUCCGGCCGGACCU